CGCUUCACCAAAAUCAUUUCCCUCAUAUUCACCACAUCGCCAUUUCUAUACCCGCAUUCGCAUCCCUUCGACACGUGUGCCCUAUGCAUAUCCUUACCGAGGGAGAACAGCACCGCAAAGCAAGAAUCCCAAAAAAUGGGAGGAGGCAAUUUUCCCUUUUGUGCCUUCUCUGAUGCAUCUACCAUCUCGCAUUUCCAUCUUUCCACAUCGCUGUGCCUAAUAUUCUCCCUCGGUCGAUUUUUUCCGAAAACAUUGAUUUCCCUCCUCUCCGCCGCCGCGCCGCGUGCCCUUUGGUUAGGCGCAUUGCAUGUUUCAAUUAGACGCAGUCGGUCGGUGGAUGGGUAGGCCUCUACAAGAAAGUGACAAAAAAUCUUCCUCCCUCCUAUCAACCGGUAUAUGAAGGGAUGAUGUUGUCGACGUCGUCAUCGUCUUUGCGGUCGUCCCUUCAUCCCCUAUUUUGUCUGAGUCUGAAUUUUCUUCCAGUAACGUUUGGUAUUGUUUGGUUUUGUGUUAAAUUUGUUGAUUUUGCGUCUGGGAUGUUCAGUUUGCUGCGGGAGUGCCAAGUGUGAACAACCUUGUGUGAUUGUGAGAUUAGUUUUUUUUUUGUAGCGAUUGACGUUUCGGUUGUUCUUCGCGAGGGUUUUUUUUUUUUGAACAUCAUGUCUGUUAAAGCGAUUGCGCCUCCGCAAACCUACUCGCGGUUGUUUCGACCGUGGGAUGGUGUCGUGAAUAAACUCGGAUCAAGUCCGAGUAAAUCAAGUGAUUGUGGCAGUGAAGAAACGAUCAAAAGUGAACCUUAUGAAGUGAGGUUGAGUUCGCGCUUGAGUAUGGAUAGCGCGCCUUGUUCUGAACCCAAGUCUCCAGCGUUCAGCCCGAUGAAGUUCCCGCUACCGGAAACACCCGAAAUAGAUAUCGGGGCAGCUUUCUUCGGACAUCCUUCGGAUUUGGCUUCCUAUUAUUACUAUUACAAUCAACAAAAACUUGGUGUUGAGUUGCUCCCACCAGGGCUCAACUUCUCCGGAUUACCCAUCGACCCGCUAACCUACGAGCAAAUGGAGCAGGAAUACUUCCGAGUGCUAAGUGAAGACGCCAAAGCCAAACUGCUCAGCAGUCGGAAGCAACGACCGAAGAAGUUCAAGUGCCCCCACUGUGAUGUUGCCUUCUCCAACAACGGUCAACUGAAAGGACACAUCCGGAUUCAUACCGGAGAACGCCCUUUCAAGUGUGACGAUCCCGGAUGCGGGAAGACCUUCACCCGGAACGAGGAACUGACCCGGCACAAGCGGAUCCACACCGGAAUUCGGCCGUACGCUUGUCAAACCUGUGGCAAGAAAUUUGGCCGGCGGGAUCAUCUGAAGAAGCACACCAAAACGCAUAUGCCACAGGAGCGCUACACGUAUGGGUUGGCCCCGGUGCCGGCGGCCAUGCUGAUGCCCAUGUACUCGGCGGCGGCUGCCGCUGCAGCUGCCGCGACGCAGCUGUACGGAUAUUGAGCACGAGGACAAAAUUUGAAUGUGUACUUAAUGAUCGAGGGCAUUGUUCUAAAGCUUUUAAGUGAUAAAAUGGGACCAGUGAAUAUGUACAAUUGUGAACAUAGGAUUUUAACUAUAUUUUGAGAGAAGAAUUUAUGACUGAAAUAUUUUGUGAAGAAGAUGAACACAUUGUUAGUUUUAUAGUAUUUGGUGAAAAUAUAGACAUCGUCAAUUUGGAAACGAAAUUAAGCUUUGUCUAUUUGAAUGAUGACGUAAAUCUCACAGUCUGAUUGAUUAACUACAGCUGUUAUCGGUGAAGAUCUGGCCCGUUGUCAAACGGCCAUUGAAGAAGCCAGCUCGAUAGCUUCCCACAAACUCAUUAAUUAUAGGUAACAGACGUCGGAAGCUGAUUUGGAAAUUCACUUUGUAGGCGCUCACAUUCCAAAUGGUUUCCUUUCUUGUAGGUGGGGCAGAUAACCCGUUCCUUACACCUCUUUAGGUAGCUGUUUAGUUUCAUAGAUCCUAACUAUCAUCCGGUGCAGGCAUGUGCCCAGCUUUUCUGAGAUCAUCUUGAUGAGUACCGCUGAGAUGAGAUACUACCAGCUCUUUUGUUGGUUUUGAGCUGGGGAACAGCAUCCUUAACUUCCCUCAGCGUGGGAGUUCGAUCAAUUUCUGUCCUCUGAUUUACCAACGAACGUAGUCAUGUACUAGGGUCAGGGACUAUUUGGGCAGGA